GCAUAUUUACGAAUGGGUAUAUAUUGCAGUGGCACUGCUGAGGAUUCUAACAGUCCUUUCUCCAGGGAGAAGACUGAAGGAACUCUUCAGCUGCCUCUUCUGGGACUCUGCUUCAAGGGGAGCAAGAGCCCUUCACUGAAAUCCUCCCACCAUGCUGGGGCUGCUGCUGCUGCAGGUGUUGGCCAGCUGCCUCUGCCUGGGACACAGCGAGGUGGUGACAUCCUUUAAAACUGCAUGUACUCAGUUUUUCUAUGCUCAGACCCCUCCAAAUGAUAUCCUGCGUCCAAAGAAUGCAGCCAGGAUCUGCCAGUUCUAUGAAAACAAUCAUCGUUUUGCCACCAUGUAUGACAAAACACAGAGAAUUCCAGUGUACUCUGCUUAUAUCUACAAGCCUGGACGUGGCAGCAGAUCUGACUCAUGGUUUGUUGAGCCCCAGCUGAUCAACAAAGAUUAUAGGAAGGCUAUGGAUACAGAGGAUUCCAUCAAAAGGGAGUACAAGAUCUCUUCAGAUGAUAUCGGUCAGAAUCAGGCUAUUGACCAUGACUACAGAAACCUCGUGGAUUUCCUCUUUUUCCCCUGUCAAGCUGAUCAACAAAGAUUAUAG